AUGGUCACAACAAUGAAUCAGGUGCUCCCUUCGGAAAUUAUUGGUCAUAUUUUUGAAUAUCUACCGUGGACAUACUUCUCAUCUCUUUUCAAAGAGGAUCCUUGUCUGAUAGCAACAUGUUGUGGUCAUCAAACUAUUCAACAAAAACUCAUGUUCAAUUAUAUUGCCAGUUUACAAAUUGAUGACAAUAAUCAAUCCCGAUAUUUCAAUACCAAGAGGUCAAACAUUGCAAGUCACAGGCGGAAGUACUUUAAUAGAGGAAAGGAAUUUGUGGAUCCAAUUACAAAGGUUGUGCACACUCCGAAUCAAACCUUGAUGAUUUUCUAUCCAAGAAAGAGUUUGGUUGUAUUAUUCGAAAUUAUUGGACCUUAUUUGAAGAGGAGAAUUUAUGAUAUUUCAUCUGGUGGUGAUAAUUAUGCAAUAAUGGAACAUGAUGCAAAAAUCAGAAAGAGAUUUCUUUCACAUUUUGGAAAAAUAGUACAAUCUUUGAAAUUAUAUCAAUGUAGAAGUGGAGCAGUUGUGAGGAGGUGA